AUGUAUCCUUUACGUUUACGCAUCAUAGUCCUCACACUAUGGUUCAUCGCCGCCGCCGUCUCCUCCGUCUCCGGUCACAACAUCACCGAUAUCUUGUCAGAAUUUCCGGAAUACAGCGUCUUCAACGACUACCUCACACAAACAAGACUCGACGACGAGAUCAACAGACGAGAAACAAUCACUGUUCUGGUGUUGAACAACUCCGUCAUGACAAAAUUCGUCGCGAAUCAAUCGCUUUCCGUCGUCAAACCUGCUUUAAGCAUUCAUGUUCUUUUGGAUUAUUUUGACAUGGCGAAGCUUCUGACGAUUGGCGGCGGAAGUAUGAUCUCCACCACCCUCUACCAGACCACCGGAAAUGCCGCCGGAAGUACCGGAUUUGUUAAUAUUACAGAUUUGAAAGGUGGUAAAAUCGAAUUCGGAUCGGCGGAUAAAGAAUCAAAGAUCGAAUCGUUGUAUACCAAAAGCGUGAAAGAAUUUCCUUAUAAUAUUUCUGUUUUAGAAAUUAAUUCACCGAUCAUUAAUCUUGAGAUUUUACCAAAGCCAUCAGAUGUUAAUUUUAGUACUUUGUUGGACGCGGUGAGGUGUCGGACGUUUUUGAAGUUGCUUAAAAGCACCGGUGUACUGGAUAUUUACAAGAAGGUGGCGGAGCAGGCGCUGACGGUGUUUGCACCGACGGAUUUAGCGUUUAAGUACACCGGAGCACCGGAUUUGAACAACUUGACGAACGCUGAGCUUGUUUCGUUGUUACUGUAUCAUGCGAUUCCAAGUUAUGUUCCUGAAAUUACUUUGGAAAAUGAGAAGGAUCCAAUGCCUACGCUUGCCACAAACAACGCCGGAAAGUUUGCUUUCACGAUUCAAACCUACGGGAAUUCUUUAAUGCUCAAUUCUGGUGUUGACGAUUCGCGUGUUCUAAAGAUGGUUAGUGAUGCAGUGCCGGUGUGCAUUUUCAUGAUUGAUAAGGUUCUUCUUCCGAUGGAGUUAUUCGCCAAACGACGAGCUCCCGCCACUGCAUCACCGCCGGCCCCGGAAUCUUCGCCGCCAUCUGUAUCUGCUCCAGCGCCGGGUUCUAGUCCUACACCAAUUGCUCCCUCACCGGCACAUAUUGCCGGAACCCAACCGGUGAUACCACCUCCGGCUCCUACGAUUCCUCCAGAUUCAUCACCGGUUGGUGGUGCUCCACCGGCGGAUAACCCUACCGCCGACAUGGGAAGCAACAAUGUAAGCGGUGGUGAUAGACGUAAAGUUCCGGCGAUCUUCCUAGUGCUGGUUAUCGUAUCAAUUUCGGGUAUUUUCUUUUGA